CCCGUCGCGGCGCGCAGAGGGACAAUCUGUUCCCACAAGAGCUGAGAGGCAGCGACACGACUCAUUUGCAUGAGCCAGCCUAGGAACAAGGACAAGCUGCGUUGCUGUGCUGGUCUGAUGAGGCAGAAAGAAGGACCAGAAAACAUAUCAAUUUGAGCAACAUAAAGGGCGAACAAUCCGCGAUAUGGUUGUCGGAGCAUGGAAGCUCCAGAAGACGUGUCUGUCCGGGAACAGCUUUUCCACGACCGAGUCAGAGAGACUAUAGUAAGUACACUCAGUACUCGUUGACUGCGGUGAAACAGAGCUUGCCUGUUGAUUGGAGUGCUCUCGCUGCGCCGCUGUAAUCAUCAGCUAGCUGCAAAUGCAAUUGUAUCUCAUAACAUUUACAAUUUGCUGAAUAUGUGAGGCUGUAGGCUAUUCGAGGGAACUUGCUGUUAGAAUUGGUGUAUCUGCCUUGGCAGCAGCUAAUGGGGAUUCAUAAUAAAUACAAAUAUUGUAUGUGCUCAUGUGAUCCUGGCAUGAUGGCUCUAUCACCACAGCAGCACAGGGAAGAGACAUAUGACCCUGUUUAGCACAGUAGAUCUCCAUCUCUCUUCUGCCUGUCUGACUCACUGAUACAGACGACAUUAAGUCAUUCCAGACUCUCUUUCUCUCUUUUCUAACUCCCAUUCCUGUGAGUGCAUUAUAGGCUGCUAAUAGCAUUUAUCUUUGUGUGUUUGUGUAUGUAUGCAGACCUAUGUGGGCAAUUGUGUUUCUAUUCACAUGCACGUGUGUCCUAAGUGCCUUAGGCUGGACAGAGUGUGCAGCCUUUUAAUCAAGUAUUGGUAGUGGUAGUGCUAGUUCUAUUUUUCAUGACCUACAUCUGCCCUUUGAAAGGCUGUUUAGUCUUAACAGGUACCGUGGCAUGCAUAGUUAUCAAUAAUCCCAUUCCCCCACUUAUAUUUUCUGGUAGGGCAGAAUGGACACAAGAUGGUCUCAAUGACAGAGCCAUGCAUUAGUAGCACAACUCGUCAUCACAGAGGCGUGAUUCUUCUCACAGAAGUAUUCAGCAAAUACUUGUUGUGUACAGCACUAACAAGCAAAAUAUUUGUAUGAUAUGAUGUUUUACCUUUACAUCCCAACUUUUAACAACAUGCCUGAGACAGUUAUCUUUUGUUCUAUCUUUACGAUGUCAGUGUCCAGCCCACUGACUGAAAGGAAAUACUGGAGAAAUCCUUCAGAACACAGGACUUGAGUUUGUCUAGUGGGCUGGCAGCCUAGCUUAACCUGAAGGUGUUACACAACUGCAGAGAGGAGGAUAGAGCCAGACUGAGAAAGGGAGAAAACAUUUCUGAUGUGAAAGUCAGAAAGACAAAGAAAAACAUAGAGAAAUACAAGACAGAUUGACAGACAGACAGGUGGGAACAGACAGAUAGGGAGUGUGCGUCAGAGCUGAGACAGGUAACACUGUGGUCCUCUGGACUAGAGCAGGUGAAGGUGCCCUCAGUGGGGCUCUGUCUGUCUGUCUGGACAGGGAGAGAGAAAAUAUAACAGACCUGUGGUGUUUUGUCCUUCACAAAGGACUGUCUUUCUGUGACCGAACAUGAUGACUGUUUGUUGGGAUGGGAGGCUCAACUUAAAGCGCUGACACUAGGCCAUUUUAGUUUUCAUCUAUAUACAGUAUAUGCUGCUUGUAUAUGCUGUGAACCCUCCAUGGUGCUCCAUAUUCUCUGUCUGCCAUUUAUUGGCAGUUUGCUCUCACACAGAGUGGGGCUUUUGUUUGGGGCAUUAGCGUGCUGGGCAUUAGCUGUUGGGGCUGUGAGCUGUUGGGCAUAAGCUGGUAAGCAUUGUGACAUGGGCUAUGUUUUCCCUCUCCCCCACACUACCACAUCUCUCUAUCAAAGGGUGGAUUUACAUCAGUAAAAUAUGUGUAUUAAGAUCUAUCUCUCUUCAACAUACUCGUUACAUUUUGAAUGCUUAGCAGGACAGAAAAUGGUCCAAUUCGCACACUUAUCAAUAGAACAUCCCUGGUCAUCCCUACUGCCUCUGAUCUGGCGGACUCACUAAACACAAAUGCUUUGUUUUUAAAUUAUAUCUGAGUGUUGGAGUGUGACCCUGGCUAUCCGUAAAUAAAAUAAAAAAUAAAAUUGCGCCGUUUGCUUAAUAUAAGGAUUUUUAAAUAAUUUGUACUUUUACUUUUACUUUUGAUACUUAAGUAUAUUUUAGCAACUACAUUUACUUUUGAUACUUAAGUAUAUUUAAAACCAAAUACUUUCAUACUUUUAUUCAAGUAGGAUUUUACUGGGUGACUUUUACUUGAGUCAUUUUCUAUUAAGGUAUCUUUACUUUUACUCAAGUAUGAGAUUUGAGUACUUUUUCCACCACUGCCGUAAAUACCAUAGUAUAUAGACAAACAAAAUAAGGAUAGCAAUUCAAACUAUACAGGAGCUUCUCAUCUGAACCAUAUUCUACAUAAUGUUGCACACUUGAUUAAUGCAACAAUUCACAAAUGUUUGGAUAUUUUAAAAGCCUUUCAUUUUCAAUUAGGCUAACAGAGCAAGAAUGCUGUCUACUGGUAUUAAGGUAAUUAUUGCAAGGACAGGUGGUGUGGGAAAGCCAUUGUCUUUACACUAUAACACCCAGAGGUAGAAAUUUGAAUCUAGAUCUGUCUUUUUACACAUCAAGAUCAUCUUUCCUGGAACUAGUAUCUGUCGUCAAAGUAUUGUAGUGUAAAGAGGCCCAAAGUUCUCCUAGACUUUACAGCAUUGUAGUCUGUGGAUUUAAAACCCCUCUCUCCCAUUAUCCUCAAACUGCCCAGCAUGCGCUCCUUUCUCUUUGAGCUGUCUGAAUGCCUAGGCUGUUUCAGUCCAGCCUAGUUUAUUAUUCUUCAGCCUGUAUCUGAGUACUGGCCAAUGACUGGUUUUACAUGGCUUGCUUUAUUACAGAGCAAGUCACACAUAAUGUACUUACGCAUCUGAAUGUCUCGUUUGCUAUUUGGAGCGCUGUGUGUCACUCUGUAGCAUCGUCUUUCAGUUUGGGAAUGGGAAAUUAAUAGUUGUUAUUAGGCAUUUUCUGCAGUUGCGUAUUAUAUUGUGGUCCUUUGCUCUAACAAAGCUUUUACUUGUAUACAGCUAAGCCUGCAUCUCAGCUCUGGUAUAAUUGCUGUGACAUCACCACAUUAUUUCCAUCAGUAGGUUUAUUAGACUCCAAAAAAGACUGGCAAGCUGGCAUGACGUCAAUCCACACCUAAUACAGAAACAAACAUUAGGUGAAAAUGGUUUAGAAACUAACAAUAUACAGUAUAUUGCAUGAGUGAGGUAUGGUAGUUCUUAAUGAUGUACAUUAUAUGUUACAACUACUGAGCUCUGCCCUAGUUCAUUGGAUGUUGGGGUCACUGGGCAGGCUAUGAGCUGGGGUAUCCAAUUCUGCCUGGUCGUUCAUCCACUCACUGGAUAAAUCUGGGUUGGCUGCCAUUUGUGGGUCAAGUUUAUCAAAUGUACAUGAUAAUACAAGUCAGCAGGCACAUCAGGUCAAAGUAUACAUUAAGGGCAUCAUAACAGACACAGAUUCUCUCCCUAUAGCAAUGAUCAAAUUCAGAUAGGAGUGCCCACAUUGCUAACAUUUACAGUUCUAGGAUGUAGCCCUGUUUUUAUUUUACUUUUAUAACAUGUUAUAUUGGAGUAUUUUAUUAGACCGCCGGAACAUUCUGGAACAGAAUAUUUACUUAUCUGUGGGAUCAGAGGUAGCUAUCUCCUUAUGUAAUAUUUAUGAUAUUAUGAUGUUUUUCUCUGUCUGUUAUUCGUUAACCUGAUUGCGUCAGCUUUAUUCAGACCAGGGUGAGGAUAUGUUGCUUUGAAACUGGCACAGAACUGCUGCCAUUCCUAGUUCCAAAUUGUAAGAAUAGGGUCUCCCAUUUUAGAAAAUAUCUGGUAAUUUCCGUUUUAUAGAGGAUUGGUGGGUAUGUGAGUAUUUAGUUUGUUAUGUUGUUGGCUUUUUUUGUUGUAAUCCCAGCCGGUCUCCACUCUCUCGUUGGUUAAUCUGGUAAUCCUGAUAAUCUGACCCCCUCUCAUCUAUCUACUACAGAACUAACCCUGAUGACCCUGUUAUAAAACCAGGGGCUCAAUCACAGUCACAGAUCGCCAAAACCUUCAUUUGGUAACUAGAAAUCCACUCCAAUGAUGUAAUUCAACAUCUGUAAUACAGUUAGGCUACAGACAGUACAGUUUCACAUUUUCCGAUAAUAAAGGAGAACUUCAUUUUGUUGUAAAGGGAGAGAAGGCUGAGUUCAACUUGAUGCUACAGAUCAGUGAUUGAUUCACAUACAUUAGGACGUGCCUCCUGAAUGCAGGCUUGAGGCUAAACUAUUGUUUUGAAGAUAGAACCACAAGUGAUGAUCUGCAUUCAUCUAGCCACACAUGCAACAAUAAAUCACACUAUUCUGAGUUAUGUGGCUAAACGGGUUCAUAACAUGCGUCUAUUGGCUUUUGUUCAGAAAUCUUCUAACACAGCAAGAUAUACAGUUUGACGUGAAUGAGAAAAUAGAGUUUCCACUCCCUAGAAUGUGCAUGUUCAGUCUUAUCCAUGUUGUUUUUUAUUUAAAAGUAUGAAGACACCCAGCUUUGACAAUGUACCAUUAAUUAAGCAGAGGGCAUGCAUGAUGUCACUUGGCAACCAUAGCAAAAAUAAACACAGUGCAGGUAACAGAGAGGGAGAUGAUUGACUCCCCUGUGUCUUCCUGGGUUCAGUCAUCGCUAAGAUCGUUGUGGUGAUGUCUUGAUGAACCAGCUGGAUGGUGAAAAGCCUGCCUGUAAAUCAUCUGUGUUAGUGUGACAGAGAGGAUUUGAAGACUUUGUCUGGUGUUUGUUUGCCCUGUGCGAACCCGCUCACCUCUGUUAAACAGCAACACUCGGGGUCUACAGCAGCGUUGUGUGGAUUUUCUCUGUAGAGUGAAUUAUUGGCUUUAUAAAUGCAAAUAGAGAUGAGAAAAUGAAUAUGUCCCCGCCCAUCUGUCUUUUUCAGCCAACUAUUUCCUGUGUUUGAGUGGUGCAAAAUCCACUUGUCACUUAAAUCUCGCUGGAUUGAUUGCUUUUAUUUUAUUCCUGCGACUCUUUCAUGCUCUUGCUUGUGCCUGUUGUUUUUUCCUGUUAAUGUUACGACCGCGAUAUGUUUGUAAUGACCUAUCAAACACACCCCAGUAUUGGCUGAAAUGGACUCAAUGGAAUACAUUGUCUUUCCGUUUCAUGUAUAAGAACGCUAAAGUUUUGUUGGGGGAUUUAACACAUCAUCUCGACACUUACAUCAUAAGAAAAAUAAGAAAGAUAACUUUAUUUAGCUGGGUGUACAUUUCUUGUGGAAUUGAAAAAAUUAAUAAUUUGCUACAGUUGAAAUGUUAACAAAUUUGAUGCGCUGAAAGGAAAGCAUCUUCUGAAAAUGAACAGUCGGAUUAUAGUGAUAAUAUGUCUGAUCUCGCAAACAAUGUAAAGUAUGUUUAGAUAGGUGAAAUCUAAAGCCAAGCGUGUUGAUGUUUAUUCCGAGGGUAUCCUGCUAUUGACACACUUGUUGAAUUAUUCAACAGAACGUGAAAACAACAUUAAUUAAUGAGUGCAGGUAAGCCUAGACCAGUGAUGGCCAAAUUUGAUGGGGUUUGGGGCCACAAAAAAUCCCCCAUAGGGAGCUUGAUCCUAAACGUUGAUCAGAGUUUUUAUCUCCACAGAUCUGUGUCCUGCUUUUCAUCUGUCUCUACAUCGUCUCCUAUCUGGUCAUCACCCACUACAAGAGGAAUGCUGAGUUCACCAUAGGUACGUGUGCGUCUGAGAGGUCAAAGGUCAGUGGAGUGGAGGCCAGGUCACAGUGGGCUGCAAGGUCUGCUGGAUUUCUGCAGCUCAACACUAUUGAUUAAUUCUAAAAGUAAUUGAUUAGACUCUUGAUAUUUCUUUAUGUCUCCCAAUGUCCUCAUUUGUUCCUGUAUGUGUAGGUGUUGUAUUCAGACCCCUUGACUUUUUCCACAUUUUGUUACGUUACAGCCUUAUUCUGAAAUUGAUUAAAUUGUUUUUCCCCUUAUCAAUCUACACACACUACCCCAUAAUGAGCAAAUGUAUUUUUAAAAACCCCGGAAAUAUGACAUUUACAUAAGUAUUCAGACCGUUUACUCAGUACUUUGUUGAAGCACCUUUGGCAGUGAUUACAGCAUCGAGUCUUCUUGGGUAUGACGCUACAAGCUUGGCACACCUGUAUUUGGAGAGUUUCUCCCAUUCUUCUCUGCAGCUGCAGGUCCUCUGUAGCUCAAUUGGUAGAGCAUGGCGCUUGUAACGCCAGGGUAGUGGGUUCAAUCCCCGGGACCACCCAUACGUAAAAAUGUAUGCACGCAUGACUGUAAGUCGCUUUGGAUAAAAGCGUCUGCUAAAUGGCAUAUUAUAUUAUUAUUAUGCUCUCAAGCUCUGUUAGGUUGGAUGGGGAGCGUUGCUGCACAGCUAUUUUCAGGACUCUCCAGAGAUGUUAGUUCGGGUUCAAGUCUGGGCUCUGGCUGGGCCACUCAAGGACAUUCAGAGACUUGUCCCGAAGCCACUCCUGCAUUGUCUUGGCUGUGUGCUUAGGGUCGUUGUCCUGUUGGAAGGUGAACUGUCGCCCCAGUCUGAGGUCCUGAGCACUCUGGAGCAGAUUUUCAUCAAGGAUCUCUCUGUACUUUGCGCCGUUCAUCUUUCCCUCGAUCCUGACUAGUCUUCCAGUCCAUGCCGCUGAAAAACAUCCCCACGAUGUUACCAUGAUGCUACCACCACAAUGCUUCACCGUAGGGAUGGUGCCAGGUUUCUUCCAGACGUGACGCUCCUGAGCUCAACUUCGAGUCUCAUAGCAAAGGGUCUGAAUACUAGGUAUUUAAGUUUUUUAUAUUUAAUACAUUUACAAACAUUUAUAACAACCUGUUUUUCUUUGUCAUUAUGGGGUAUUGUGUGUAGAUUGCUGAGAUUUUUAUUUAUUUAAUCCAUUUUAGAAUAAGGCUGUAACGUAACAAAAUGCAAAAAAAGUCAAGGGGUCUGAAUACUUUCCGCACUGUAAAUGCAUAUCUCAGCAUACGUUUGCCCUUGCUUCACACUGCUGUGUAUAGAUUUUGCAUGUCAGCAUAAACAAGUUGUUGUUUACCAUGAAGGAGCCAAAAUAACUUAAUUUAUGUGUGCAGGCAUGUGCAUGAGCUAGGGUGUUUUUCACUGCAGCAGCCCCCACCUCACUUGUGAGUGUAUGUUUCCAUCAGGAAUUGACAGCAAGCGUUGGUAUGGCGGAUGGGAUGCUUUCCAAAACACACUGGUACAAAUUACAGCCAGAGCCUGUUAUGCAACCUUCCCCGUUGGCCCCCUCCCACGGUCUCCCAGAUCCUCUGUCCUGUUAGACGGGGCAAGGGGCGCAAGGAAUGUUCCCCUGGGAUAAUAAUACCCUCUGUAGGGCAUACACAGUGCACAACAACCCCCACACACACACUUGGACACACACUCGGACAGACACACACAUACACACACACACAGAACCAACCCCCACCCAGUCAGGAAUGUACGGUCCGCAGCACCCCUUGGACAGCCAAUAUGGGUGUGGGGACUGGGGGUUUUCACAAACCAGAUGUUUCUGGCUACAGUUCCGUUCUAGUAAUAUCUCUUGUGUAGUGUGUAAACCAUGUACGAAGCCAGAGAUAGAGAAGUAAGGGGGAAACAGAGAGUUGGGUUUUACUUUAACCAACAAAGGACUCUGCACUUCGGAUAGAUAGCCUGUCUUAUUUUGCUGGAACAAAACAAUGGGGUACAAAAUAAGCCUAAACUUCAAAGCCUGUGCCAAAUAUGAUAAUUCAGUUUUUAUGACUAAAUACUUAAUUGUACGGGGUCUGGUUAGCAAAUUGUUCAAUACCACCCCCACCCCUUUUCCCCAACACUUGCACAUGCAUACUAAAUUGUGCACUGAUUUGUUCAGUUGUUGGAAACAGCUGACCUAUCUGAUCAAUACCAUGAUCUGUCACGGAUCAGCGCCAUACACACAUGGGGCCCAGAGAUUUUCAAACAAUGUAUUACUGUACUGUGAUAAGGAAGAGCAUUUUGCUUUUGGGCAAUUUAAAUUCCUGCUUUCGGAAAUAACUAGUAUUGCCGGUUCAAGGUUUGUAGCCUGCAGCAUAAACACACACACCCACAGACAUGCACACACUGUCACGCCCUGGCUCUGGGGAUGCUUGUAUGUUGAGCCAGGGUGUGCGUGUUCUUUAUGUUGUUCUAGUUUUGUGUUUCUAGGGUAGAGUUCUUGUAUUGUGUUUCUAUGUUGGCCAGAGUGGUUCUCAAUCAGAGGCAACGAGUGUCAGCUGUUGCUGGUUGUCUCUGAUUGGGAAACAUAUUUAAACAGUCUGUUUUUCCACAGUGUUUGUGGGAUCUUGUUCCUGUUUAGGUUUGUGUUGUAGAACCUAGGACGUCACGUUUUCGUUUGUUGUUUUGUUCGUGUGAUCAUUAUUUAAUAAAUAUAAGUAUGUUCGCAAAUAACGCUGCGCAUUGGUCCUCUGUUCCCGACGAUCGUGACAGAAGAUCCCACCAAAACUGGACCAAGCAGCGUGUCCUGGAGCCAUCACCAGGGGAAUCGCUAGCGGAUCUCCGUGGCAACCUCGACUGGGUCAAGCCUAGUGAAGAGCAGAGAGGGUGGACUUGGGAGCAGUGGAGGAAGAGUCUCGACUGGGUCAAGCCAAGUGAAGAGCAGAGAGGUUGGACUUUGGAGCAGUGGAGGAAGAGUCUGGCGAGAGAUAGGGAGGCUUGGUCCACGGGGAGGAGAGACACCCCAAAACAUUUUGGGGGGGGCUCACACCGUGGGCGACGGGGCAGCAGGAGGCCGCGAUAGAGUGGUCCAGCGGGUUGGCAGAGGAGGCCGCCAGGUUAAGGGGGCCACUGGUCACAAAGGGGAAGGAAAGUGUAGAGGCACGGCGAGAGGUACUGGGGUGUGUUACCAGUCCGGUCUGGCCCGUUCCUGUCCCUUGCACCGAGCCUGUGGUGCGCGUCGCCAGCCCAGUCCGGCCUGUUCCUGCUCCCCGCACCAAGCCUAUGGUGCGCGUCGCCAGCCCGGCCCGGCCUGUACCUGCUCCCCGCACCAAGCCUAUGGUGCGUGUCGCCAGCCCGGCCCGGCCUGUUCCUGCUCCCCGCACCAAGCCUAUGGUGCGCGUCGCCAGCCCGGCUCGGCCUGUUCCUGCUCCCCGCACCAAGCCUAUGGUGCGCGUCGCCAGCCCGGUCCGGCCUGUUCCUGCUCCCCGCACCAAGCCUAUGGUGCGCGUCGCCAGCCCGGCCCGGCCUGUUUCUGCUCCCCGCACCAAGCCUAUGGUGCACGUCGCCAGCCCGGCUCGGCCUGUUCCUGCUCCCCACACCAAGCCAGUGGUGUGCGUCGUCAGUCCGGUACAGCCCGUGCCUGUUCCACCGGUGCCUGGUCCGGUACCGGUCAGCUGCUCCACGCCGGAGCUAGAGCAAUCCGCUCUAGUACUGUGGGGGGUUAGAGAGGGUGUGGGGAUCAUGCCCAGAGCCGGAUCCGCCGCCAAGGCGGAGUGCCCACCCGGUCCCUCCCCUCUGGUGUUCUGUUGGCGCGGUCGGAGUCCGCGCCUUUGGGGGGGGGGGGGGGUACUGUCACGCCCUGGCUCUGGGGACGCUUGUAUGUUGAGCCAGGGUGUGAGUGUUCUUUAUGUUGUUCUAGUUUUGUGUUUCUAGGGUAGAGUUCUUGUAUUGUGUUUCUAUGUUGGCCAGAGUGGUUCUCAAUCAGAGGCAACGAGUGUCAGCUGUUGCUGGUUGUCUCUGAUUGGGAACCAUAUUUAAACAGUCUGUUUUUCCACAGUGUGUUUGGGAUCUUGUUCCUGUUUAGGUUUGUGUUGUAGAACCUAGGACGUCACGUUUUCGUUGGUUGUUUUGUUCGUGUGAUCAUUAUUUAAUAAAUAUAAGUAUGUUCGCAAAUAACGCUGCGCAUUGGUCCUCUGUUCCCGACGAUCGUGACACACACACACACUGUCCAUUACUGGGGGUACAUUACCGGAGGCAAACUACCCGCCCUCCAGGACACCUACAGCACCCAAUGUCACAGGAAGGCCCAAAAGGUCAUCAAGGACAUCAACCACCUGAGCCACUGCCUGUUCACCCCGCUAUCAUCCAGAAGGCGAGAUCAGUACAGGUGCAUCAAAGCUGGGACCGAGAGAAUGAAAAACAGCUUCUAUCUCAAGGCCAUCAGACUGUUAAAUAGCCAUCACUAGCACAUUAGAGGCUGCUGCUGCCUAUUGAAAUCACUGGCCACUUUAAGAAAUGGAACACUAGUCACUUUAAUAAUGUUUACAUAUCUUGCACUACUCAUCUCAUAUGUAUUUACUGUAUUCUAUAAUAUUCUACUGUAUCUUAGUCCAUGCCGCUCUGUCAUUGCUAGUCCAUAUAUGUAUAUAUUCUUAAAUUCCAUUCCUUACUAGAUUUGUGUGUAUUGGGUAUAUGUUGUGAAAUUGUUAGAUAUUACUGCACUGUCGGAGCUAGAAGCACAAGCAUUUCACUACACCCACAAUAACAUCUGCUAAACACGUGUAUGUGACAAAUAAACGUUGAUUAGAUUUUUACAUAGGCCUACACAAGAUUUUGCUUUGCUUGAUCACACACAAACACUCUUCCACACAUGUGCAAACAUGUUUGUCGUUUAUAGUUGUUACUCCAAGAACAGUUUUAGCCUGCAGGUGUUUGUUCGAAUCAGUGGUGUAGUGGUACCUGGAGAAGUGGGUAUACUCUAAUUUUGCCAGCAUUCUUCCAAACGGCCCGCCCGUUUCAUUCAGAGUGAAUGUCACUCACUCUGAAUGACCUAAAAUGAUCAAUUCCAUAUUGGUCUUUCACAGUCAGGACAACCCAAGCUGUACUGUGCAGUAGGCUAAUAGUAGGCCUACUAUUGAAACAGAUAAACUGAGUCAGAAAUUCACCGGUUUCAGAUUUCCCCCAUUUCAUUCAGGUUUUCGUUCUCAAAGUCACACUUUUUUUGUUUUGUUUUUUACAGAAAAACAACAAAAUUGUAUGUUCUAAGUCCAUAACAAUGCUUAAACCACAUCAGGAGACCACUUUUGAGGACUGGGAAAAAUCUAAGAAGUUUAGAUUUUUUAGAGUAGUUAACCUUUAAUUCAAGUGUGCAGGCACCUAGAAAUAUUGUUUUAUUAGCAGUGUUUCUGUAGCACGUGAGAUGGAGUUUGCAAAAUAAAUGGCCACUGGAUUGAUGAAAAUAAUCAUCAUGAUAUCAUUCUGACAGAUAGGCAUGGCCUACUUUGUAGCUAGUUAACAUUUAAUAGAGAAGGUUUUUGGGAAAGCCUUUCCAUCUACCAGAAGAGAGUUAGGUCUAUCAUUAGCAUCACUAUAUUUUUCCUGUUCCUUAAUUUGUUUGAAACCUGGACAUUUUGCUUCAUAUUAUGAGGCAUAUCUUACCUUGCUUCAAAGUAACCUUUAGCCAAAAUCCCACCAUAUAAACGUGGAGGCAAUUAUUCUUAUAAAGACUUCCUCAUAUGCCUUCUCCUGUUCUAUUGGUUUUCUUUCAAAGUUAUUUCAUUGUCUAGCAGCCAAAGGCAUUAUCCUAAUCUUAUUAGCAACCUAUGAUAGUUGCAUCUUUAAAUCCCCCCUCUUUCUAACAGAUAUUUCCAUCUCUGUCUAUGAAACCGCUUGCAUGUGCGGGGAGCAUUUUAGAACGGUGUUUUCACGUAAAUUGCAUUUUGCAACAUUCACGCGUAGGCCUACUGCCCUGUGUACAUUUCUGGGCCUAAAAAGUGAAUAAAUAAUAGUUUAUCAACAUUUGAAGCUAAACAUUGUGAUCUGUUCCAUCACCCUAGUAAUUGACACGGUGUAUACCUCCACUACACUACUCUGAUAUGCAUCAAAUCCAAAUCAAAUGUUAUUGGUCACAUGCACAUGUUUAGCAGAUGUUAUUGCGGGUGUAGCGAAAUGCUUGUGUUCCUAGCUCCAACAGUGCAGUAGUAUCUAACAAUUCACAACAAUACACAAAUCUAAAAGUAAAAGAAUGGAAUUAAGAAAUAUCUAAAUAUUAGGAUGAGCAAUUUCGGAUUGGCAUUGACUAAAAUACAGUAUAUACAUAUGAAAUUAGUAAAGCAGUAUGUAAACAUUAUUAAAGUGACUAGUGUUCCAUUAUUAAAGUGGCCAGUGAUUCCAUGUCUAUGUAUAUAGGUGAUAGAUUAAUUAUUAAUGACUAAUUAUUACACCCUGAAACGGUGUGAAAUGUGUUAGAAAUGUGUGAGUGUAGGACCAGUAAAGACGACUAUUUAGCAAUGUGAGUAAGAGUUAGACCAGACAACAAAGGAGAACUGUCUAAACCAAGAUAAAGGGGCCUCCCAAUUUAGGGAGGAGAGAAACUGUUAGGUUUUUUAAGGAGUAUGCAGGAUAUGUGAGGACGACGAUAACUAAGGAAUGCGUGUGUGUGUGUGUGUGUGUGUGUGUGUGUGUGUGUGUGUGUGUGUGUGUGUGUACUGAUGGUCAGGAGAGCAGUUUUAAAGUGGAAAACUACAGCACGCCUACAGAAAAGAGGGAUGUUUGUAUGACGUAUGAGUAUAAAAAAUGGACUCUGAAAUUGUGAUGGCAGAACGUUCUCAUGAAUAAAGCCUGAUGAUUGUAUGCUGGGCUGCUUGGUCUGAUUUAUUAGAGAUUUACAACCUCUGGGAUACAGACUGAGUAAUAAGUUAAUUUUUGAAACAUUGGGAUAGAAAUUCACGUAACAAUAGGGCAGCAGCCUCUAAGGUGAAGGGUUAAGUAGCCGGCUAGUGAUGGCUAUUUAACAGUCGGAUGGCCUUGAGAUAGAAGCUGUUUUUCAUUCUCUCGGUCCCAGCUUUGAUGCACCUGUACUGACCUCGCCUUCUGGAUGAUAGCGGGGUGAACAGACCGUGGCUCGGGUGGUUGAUGUCCGUGAUGAUCUUUUUGGCCUUCCUGUGACAUCAGGUGCUGUAUGUGUCGUGGAGGGCAGGCAGUGUGCCCCCGGUGAUGCGUUGGGCAGACUGCACCACCCUCUGGAGAGCCCUGAAGUUGCGGGCAGUGCAGUUGCCGUACCAGGCGGUGAUACAGCCUGACAGGAUGCUCUCAAUUGUGCAUCUGUAAAGGUUUAUGAUGGUCUUAGGGGCCAAGCCAAAUUUCUUCAGCCUCCUGAAGUUGAAGAGGCGUUGUUGCGCCUUCUUCACCACACUGUCUGUGUGGGUGGACCAUUUCAGAUUGUCAGUGAUGUGUACGCAGAGGAACUUGAAGUUUUCCACCUUCUCCACUGCGGUCCCGUCGAUGUGGAUAGGGGCGUGCUCCCUCUGCUGUUUCCUGAAGUCCACGAUCAGCUCCUUCGUUUUGUUGACGUUGUGGGAGAGGUUAUUUUCCUGGCACCACUCAGCCAGGGCUCUCACAUCCUCCCUGUAGGCUGUCUAGUCAUUGUUGCUAAUCAGGCCUACUACCGUUGUGUCGUCUGCAAACUUGAUGAUUGAGUUGGAGGCGUGCAUGGCCACGCAGUCAUGGCUGAACAGGGAGUACAGGAGGGGGCUGAGCACGCAACCCUGUGGGGCCCCUCUGUUGAGGAUCAGCGAAGUGGAGGUGUUGUUUCCUACCUUCACCACCUGGGGGUACCCGUCAGGAAGUCCAAGACCAAGUUGCACAGGGUGGGGUUCAGACCCAGGGCCUUGAGCUUAAUGAUGAGCUUGGAGGGUACUAUGGUGUUGAAGGCUGAGCUAUAGUCAAUGAACAGCAUUCUUACGUAGGUAUUCCUUGUCCAGAUGGGAUAGGGCAGUGUGCAGUGUGAUGGUGAUUGCAUCAUCUGUGGAUCUAUUGGUGCGGCAAGCAAAUUGAAGUGGGUCUAGGGUGUUAGGUAAGGUACAGGUGAUAUGAUCCUUAACUAGCCUCUCAAAGCACUUCAUGGUCCUCUAGCUCAGCUGGUAGAGCAUGGCGCUUGAAACGCCAAGGUAGUGGGUUCGAUUCCCGGGACCCCCCAUACACAAAAAAAAUAAAUGUAUGCACGCAUGACUAAGUCGCUUUGGAUAAAAGCGUCUGCUAAAUGGCUUAUUAUUAUUAUUAUUUUUAUUAUUAUAUUAUUAUGGUGACAGAAGUGGGUGUUACGGGGCGAUAGUCAUUUAGUUAAGUUACUGUGGGGAUUAAGAAGUGAGUAUUCGCAAUACUUAAUGAAAAAUAAGUAGGUAUACCUGCGUAUACCCUCCACUACACCACUGGUGAGAAUUGAGCAAUGUGUGCUUGUCGCCCUUCAGGAAUUUAGGGGAAGGUGGUCUUUGAUCAAGUUCCCAGCUUCUUGCCCAGCCUGUCUGUCCCCUCCCCCCACACGCUUUUUCCUCUUUCUGUAAGUCAUACUAAUAAUUGUGUUGUGUUCUUUAAAUUAUAGAUAACAGUGAAGAUGAAACAGUCAACAAAAUUGCGUGAGUAACUUUUAACAAUAUAGGCUUUAUUACCACCAAUCAUGUCUAUUCUGCCACAGAAUGUCAGAAAACCAAUAUACUGAACCUACCUACAUAUUUAAUAUUUAUAUGUGUCAUAUGGGACUGCUGCUUCUUUUGUGAAAUCCAUUUUUCUCUCUCCCCCUUUUUCUCUCUGUCUUUCUAUAGGCUGUGUCUCUGUACGUUCACUCUCUCUGUCUCUAUGGGCGCUGUCCUACUCCUACCUCUCUCCAUCUUGUCCAACGAGGUCCUGCUCUCCUUCCCACAAAGCUACUACAUGCAGUGGCUUAACGGAUCUCUUAUACACGGUAAACACACACACAAGCACCUACAUUAACAUACUCACUCACUCACACGCGCGCACACACACACACACACACACCUGACAGACACACCUAAUGCAUACAGACAUUUUGUUUGUGUGAAUGAUGAAUGACGGUUUAAAGUCAUGUGCUAAUGAAAGAUAUUCUCAGCAGGUAGUUGGUUCAGUGCACAUGCUUCACAUAUUUGCUUUCCCAUUUCAUUUGUUCAGAGAGAAAUGUCAAUCCGCCCCAGGUUGCUAAGGUUGUAACUAUUACCUUUACUCAGUGGUGAUGAUAAGACUACAGAUACGAGCUCCUCAGAGCCUUGAACUUUUAAAACUGACGUUUAUGAAACUCCACUAGAGACUACACUCUUAGAAAAAGGGUUCCAUAAGGGUUCUUCGGCUGUCCCCAUAGGAUAACCUUUUUUGGUUCAAGGUAGAACCCUUUUCGGUUCAAUGUAGAACCCUCUGUGGAAAAGGUUUUACCAGGAACCAAAAGGGUUCUAGUUGGAACCAAAACGGUUUCUUCAAAGGGUUCUCCUAUGGGGACAGCCAAAGAACCCUUUUAGAUUCUAGAUAGCAUUCUAGAUAGUGUAUAGAAUAUAGAGAGUGAGCCUCUCACUGUCUGUCUCCAUCUCUCAAUGCAGGACUGUGGAAUAUAGUCUUCCUCUUCUCCAACCUCUCCCUGGUCUUCCUCCUGCCCUUUGCCUACUUCUUCACUGAGUCUGAGGGCUUCGCUGGAUCCAAAAAGGUAACUGCUUCAGUGACAGAGCAGACUGGUAGCAGAUGUGUUCGAGCCAAAUCCCCUGAGUGUUGUGAUGACAUGAUGAUUGGGAUGAGUUGGCUAAAGCACAAACAGAUCUUGGACCAGGCAGGUGAUAGAGCAUCAUGUUUGUAAGUCGCUCUGGAUAAGAGCGUCUGCUAAAUGACGUAAAUGUAAUGUAAAUGUAUAUGUACACUGAGUGCUCUUUCCAAGACAUAGACUGACCAGGUGAAUCCAAGUGAAAGCUAUAAUCCCUUAUUGAUAUUGUUCAAUCCAGUUCAAUCAGUGUAGAUGAAGGGGAGGAGACAGGUUAAAGAAGGAUUUUUAAGCCUUGAGACAAUUGACACAUGGAUUGUGUAUGUGUGCCAUUCGGAGGGUGAAUGGGCAAGACAAAAUAUUUAAGUGCCUUUUGAACAGUGUAUGGUAGUAGGUACCAGGCGCACCGGUUUGAGUGUGUCAAGAACUGCAAUGCUGCUGGGUUUUUCAUACUCAACAGCUUCCUUUGUGUAUGAAGAAUGGUCCACCACCCAAAGGACAUCCAGCCAACUUCCCACAACUCUGGGAAUCAUUGGAGUCAACAUGGGCCAGCAUCCCUGUGGAACGCUUUCAACACCUUGUAGAGUCCAUGCCCCGACGAAUUGAGGCUUUUCUUAGGGAAAAGGGGGGUGCAACUCAAUAUUAGGAAGGUGUUCCUAAUGUUUUGUACACUCAGUGUAUAUAACGUGGUAUAACGUUUGUAUACCGUCUGUACACAGGGUGUGAUGGCCCGUCUGUAUGAGACAGCAGUAGUCCUCUUCCUCCUGACCCUGCUCGUGUUGGGGAUGGUGUGGGUGGCAUCAGCCAUCCUUGAUGACAACAUGGCCAGACAGAGUCUUUACGGUAAAACAACCUCUCUCUCUCGAUCUCCCCCCUUUUUCUGUCACUUUCAUACCCUUAAAGCUGUUUUAUGUGCUUUUCGUGUUUUACCUUCCACCUCUUCUCAUAUUUCGUCUGUUGCCAUUGUUAACUGCAUAUGUGAAAUGUAAGUUUAAUUCCUAAAUGUAUCUAUAAUGUACUCAAUCUUUUGUCUCAGAUCUGUGGGAGUAUUACCUGCCUUAUCUGUACUCCUGCAUUUCCUUGUUCGGAGUCCUGCUGCUGUUGUGUAAGUACAGUACAUGUUUACCCAUGAGUAUCCCUGCCCCAGGCCGCGGGCAUUUAAUAAAUAUGAGGUUUCUCUCUGUGAUGCCUGUGUAUUAUAUAUUAAAUGAAUUUAUCCCCUGUGUCUCCCACAGUAUGCACUCCUCUGGGACUAUCACGCAUGUUCAGCGUCACAGGAAGCCUACUGGUCAAACCAAGGGUGAGUGUGUCUGUGUAAGACUCAUGUCAGUGUGUUUUUGUCCUUUAGUUUAUGUACUGUAUGUAUAUAGCUUUGUGUAUAGGUGUACCCUAUUGUAUGUGUGUGGUGUUGGUAUGAACUGUAUGUGUGUGCUGGUCUGACUCCCUUAAUGUCUUCCAUCCUCAGUUGCUGGAGGACCUUGAUGAGACAAUGAGUUGUGCUGGGUUUGAAGAGGCCUCUCUAUCCAGGAAACUCACUAGUAAGUCCCAUGACAUAACGUACUGUAUAUCCAUGAUAUAAUAUACACUACCGUUCAAAAGUUUGGGGUCACUUAGAAAUGUCCUUGUUUUUUGAAAGAAAAGCAAUUUUUUUGUCCAUUAAAAUAACAUCAAAUUGAUCAGAAAUACAGUGUAGACAUUGUUAAUGUUGUAAAUGGCUAUUGUAGCUGGAAACGGCUGAUUUUUUUAAUGGAAUAUCUACAUAGGCGUACAGAGGCCCAUUAUCAGAAACCAUCAGUCCUGUGUUCCAAUGGCACGUUGUGUUCGCUAAUCCGAGAUGCUGACCUUAUAGGCAGAGUUGCAAAGAAAAAGCCAUAUCUCAGACUGCCCAUCUUAAUCUUUUCUUUUUAUUGGCCAGUCUGAGAUAUGGCUUUUUCAUUGCAACUCUGCCUAGAAGGUCAGCAUCCCGGAGACGCCUCUUCACUGUUGAUGUUGAGACUGGUGUUUUGCGGGUACUAUUUAAUUAAGCUGCCUGUUGAGGACCUGUGAGGCGUCUGUUUCUCAAACACUCUAAUGUAUUUGUCCUCUUGCUCAGUUGUGCACCGGGGCCUCCCACUCCUCUUUCUAUUCUGGCUAGAGCCAGUUUGUGCUGUUCUGUAAAGGGAGUAGUACACAGCAUUGUACGAGAUCUUCAGUUUCUUGGCAAUUUCUCACAUGGAAUAGCCUUCAUUUCUCAGAACAAGAAUAGACUGACGAGUUUCAGAAGAAAGUUAUUUGUUUCUGGCCAGUUUUAUUGCUUCUUUAAUCAGCACAACAUAUUUCAGCUGUGCUAACAAAAUUGCUAAAGUGUUUUCUCAUGAUCAAUUAGCCUUUUACAAUGAUAAACUUGGAUUAGCAAACACAACGUGCCAUUGGAACACAGGAUUGAUGGUUGCUGAUAAUGGGCCUCUGUACGCCUAUGUAGAUAUUCCAUUAAAAAAUCAGCCGUUUCCAGCUCCAAUAGUCAUUUACAACAUUAACAAUGUCUACACUGUAUUUCUGAUCAAUUUGAUGUUAUUUUAAUGGACAAAAAAAUUGCUUUUAUUUCGAAAACAAGGACAUUUCUAAGUGACCCCAAACGUUUGAACGGUAGUGUAUGUCAAUUUUAUGCUAUAAUUUGUCUAUUUCAUGCAUAAUUCAAGAGAUGCUAUUUCUCUUUAAAGGGAAUGAAUAGGAGCUUAUCACAAAAUCUCUCUCUCUCCUCCGUAGGUGGGACCUCGUUAUGGAUUAAUGUGAAUGCAGAGGUUCUGAGGAACCGGUUCCUCAACAUUCAGGCCCGGCGGAUUGCUCUGGGUAAGAACCAUUGACUUUCAUAGAAACACAGAACAUGCCCUAUGCCACGAGGCCUGGCCAGGAAAACUGGCUAUAAUUAGGGCCUGGAGUUUGUCCCGUCAGGUCACGUGGUCAGGAAAAACUCCAACAGAUAAAAAGACUGGGAUUCUCAGACACUAACUCUGGAUUUCUGUUUUUGCCUUCAGAGAUACGGAAGAGAGCGUCACCAUGGCAGCGUAACCUAGGAUACCCAUUGGCCAUGCUGUUGCUGCUGGCUGUAACGGUGAGGAGAGGCAGACUCAGCACUCACCUCACCUGCUGACACAUACCUGACAUCACUUCCUCAUACAAAAUGUUGUGUGUGUUUUGAUUGGCUGUGAGUGUUGUUCUCUUUCCCAGGUGGUGUGUGUGCUCAUUGUGUGUUACCAUGUGGUGGAGUUGCUGUUUGAUGAUACAGCUAUGCCUCGAGGGAUGGAGGUGAGGGGAUGCUUUCCUUUACAAGCAAUAACUAAUAAUUCAGCAAAUAUCUAAUUUAAUUCAAACAAAGAUAUGUAGCCGCUACUAGUUCUUGCCUAUUAACUUUAAGGGACACUGUAUAGCAUAAAAUUGCUCUUUGUAGUAGACCUAUAUACACUAUGAAACAGAGUUUUUAUAAUGUGUGUACUACUGACAUUUAAUUGUUUUAACACAGGAUGUAAAUGGUAUUAACUUUCUUUCUCUCUCUCCUCUUGAAGGACCCUCUCCUGGGCGCUGCCUCGUUCUCCAUGUUUGGUUCGUUAGGGGCUGCAGUGCAGGUGAUCCUCAUCCUGUAUCUCAUGGUCUCCUCAGUAGUGGGUUUCUACAGUUCCCCACUGUUCACUGGACUACGCCCCCGCGCGCAGGACACCACACUGACACAGGUACACACACACACACACUGGCACGCAUGCAUACACACACACUGCUCGCUCUCUCUUCCGUGGGGCACUCUAAUAAUAACCCAACUUUCUUGCUCUAUUUUCUCAGAUUAUUGGGAACUGUGUGUCUCUAUUGGUGCUCAGCUCAGCUCUGCCUGUAUUUUCUAGGACUCUGGGUAAGUCUGCAGUGGAGAACUCGGCGUCAGGUGCUGUUGUAUGACAGACUGACAUACAGUGGGGGGAAAAAGUAUUUAGUCAGCCACCAAUUGUGCAUGUUCUCCCACUUAAAAAGAUGAGAGAGGCCUGUAAUUUUCAUCAUAGGUACACGUCAACUAUGACAGACAAAAUGAGAAGAAAAGAAAUCAAGAAAAUCACAUUGUAGGAUUUUUAAUGAAUUUAUUUGCAAAUUAUGGUGGAAAAUAAGUAUUUGGUCACCUACAAACAAGCAAGAUUUCUGGCUCUCACAGACCUGUAACUUCUUCUUUAAGAGGCUCCUCUGUCCUCCACUCGUUACCUGUAUUAAUGGCACCUGUUUGAACUUGUUAUCAGUAUAAAAGACACCUAUCCACAACCUCAAACAGUCACACUCCAAACUCCACUAUGGCCAAGACCAAAGAGCUGUCAAAGGACACCAGAAACAAAAUUGUAGACCUGCACCCGGCUGGGAAGACUGAAUCUGCAAUAGGUAAGCAGCUUGGUUUGAAGAAAUCAACUGUGGGAGCAAUUAUUAGGAAAUGGAAGACAUACAAGACCACUGAUAAUCUCCCUCGAUCUGGGGCUCCACGCAAGAUCUCACCCCGUGGGGUCAAAAUGAUCACAAGAACGGUGAGCAAAAAUCCCAGAACCACACGGGGGGACCUAGUGAAUGACCUGCAGAGAGCUGGGACCAAAGUAACAAAGCCUACCAUCAGUAACACACUACGCCGCCAGGGACUCAAAUCCUGCAGUGCCAGACGUGUCCCCCUGCUUAAGCCAGUACAUGUCCAGGCCCGUCUGAAGUUUGCUAGAGUGCAUUUGGAUGAUCCAGAAGAGGAUUGGGAGAAUGUCAUAUGGUCAGAUGAAACCAAAAUUGAACUUUUUGGUAAAAACUCAACUCGUCGUGUUUGGAGGACAAAGAAUGUUGAGUUGCAUCCAAAGAACACCAUACCUACUGUGAAGCAUGGGGGUGGAAACAUCAUGCUUUGGGGCUGUUUUUCUGCAAAGGGACCAGGACGACUGAUCCGUGUAAAGGAAAGAAUGAAUGGGGCCAUGUAUCGUGAGAUUUUGAGUGAAAACCUCCUUCCAUCAGCAAGGGCAUUGAAGAUGAAACGUGGCUGGGUCUUUCAGCAUGACAAUGAUCCCAAACACACCGCCCGGGCAACGAAGGAGUGGCUUCGUAAGAAGCAUUUCAAGGUCCUGGAGUGGUCUAGCCAGUCUCCAGAUCUCAACCCCAUAGAAAAGAUUUGGAGGGAGUUGAAAGUCCGUGUUGCCCAGCGACAGCCCCAAAACAUCACUGCUCUAGAGGAGAUCUGCAUGGAGGAAUGGGCCAAAAUACCAGCAACAGUGUGUGAAAACCUUGUGAAGACUUACAGAAAACGUUUGACCUGUGUCAUUGCCAACAAAGGGUAUAUAACAUAGUAUUGAGAAACUUUUGUUAUUGACCAAAUACUUAGUAAUCCUUCUACCACCCCCCUUACCCCAACCCCCCCCCCCCCCCCCCCCCCCCCCCCCCAAAAAAAAAAAGAACAUUGUAAAGUGGUUAUCCCACUGGCUAUAAGGUGAAUGCACCUAUUUGUAAGUCGCUCUGGAUAAGAGCGUCUGCUAAAUGACGUAAAUGUAAAUAUAAUAAUUUGCAAAUAAAUUCAUUAAAAAUCCUACAAUGUGAUUUUCUUGAUUUUUUUUCUUCUCAUUUUGUCUGUCAUAGUUGACGUGUACCUAUGAUGAAAAUUACAGGCCUCUCUCAUCUUUUUAAGUGGGAGAACAUGCACAAUUGGUGGCUGACUAAAUACUUUUUUCCCCCACUGUACAUAUAUAAAUAACAACAAAUAUAUGCUUUUUCUAAACAUUAACCAUUGAAUCUCUCUCCUUUGGUCUUGAUGAAUCAGGGAUCACCCGGUUUGAUCUGCUGGGAGACUUUGGUCGGUAUAACUGGCUGGGAAACUUCCACAUCGUAUUCCUGUAUAACAUACUGUUUGCCGGGCUGACCUCCGCCUGUCUGAUCAACACUCUAACAUGGACUGUACAGAGGGAACUCAUCAGAGCAUUCGGUAUGUGGGGGUCACAAACACAUACACAAUUACGCAUGCAUGUACGCAUGCUCACACACGUUGUGAUCGGCUGAUUCACUAAUAUGGUCCUCUAUCUCUUCCCAGGGCUGCAUAAACUGCCGUCGACCGUGUCCCGCUCCACCAUCCCACUCAGGCUCCUAUUGGCUAAUGGACUCUCAAAAAUUCAGUGACACUUGAACAAGCCAAUGACCUUGGCUAACCAAAGUGAGUUUACCAAAGAGCAGUGUCCCCAAAUAUUUAGCUGAAGUAAACUCUCAUUGAAAAAGAGAAGGGGAUUGACCUGUUUGCUGACUGGUGAUCCUGUCACCACUGAUAUGAGAAGAGGAGGAAACUUCGUUAGAUGAAACAUAUCGUCUGAUCAGGAAUGGACUUGGACCUCAGACAUGAUCAUACUUACAGAGAAUAGGUACAGGUACUGCAACAAGGGGACCAAUGCAAUUCGUCUCCUUUUCUGUCAGGUCUAUAACUGAGUAAGUGAGAAAUAAAAUAAAAAAGAAGAGGAAGACAAAUGCAAAUGAACAGAAAGGGAGCAAGAGUGUAGGUUUCUAUGCAUAGAGUAAGGAGAUGGUCGUCUUUUAGUCCCAAGGUCAUUCCCAAUAUAUGAACCAUUCAUAGACAUCCAAAGUUACUUCUGCUGAAAUGUCUGCCAAUCUCAAAACAUUUUGAUCCCUAACUCUUUGACUGGAAGGAACUCCACAAGAACUUCAGCUAUGUGCACUUCUUUAGAUCUGUCUUUUCCUCUCCCCUCUCGUUCCCUUUUCGCCUAUUGUGGUCUUGCACUUAUGACCUUAUUUAUUAUUCAAAUUAUUUAUUCUGCUGUGUUAUCUUGUGAACGUAAUUUCCCUUCUUUCUGUUGUCCUUUAAUGGAAUGUUUUGGAAAGAAGCAGAUGUCUGCAUGGUGUCAAAAAAUAAGAGUAAAUCAGUUAACAGUAAUGAAAGUAAGGGACAGGUACAGUAACUCUACUUCUAUGCAAAUGGAAAAUUCUACAAUGCUCUUUUUAGUAUAUAAUUCUCAUUUACACAUUUGUAUCACAACCUUAUGUAAUAGGGACAUUUUAUUUUUGGUCUGAAAAGUUGGACAGCUGCCUUUUGUGAAGAGAACAGCAACAUACAAUACUUAGCACCACCAUACUAAAGGAAAUUUAAGGUAGAGACCGGAAAGAAUGGCCUGGAAGUUAAGACCAAGUUAAACUGUGAUGCGUUUACAGUGUGUGUUCGUGUGUGUGUGUUUGAGUAAAAGAGUGCCUGUGUUUAUGUGUCUGUCAGUGUACAUUCAUUUUCUGUGCAAUGUUGCAUUAAUGCAUGGAGAUUUUUCUCCAAUAUCUCAAGUUCCUUUCAUUUUUUAAAUCAUGUUUUUUGUUUUUAAUUAUGAGUUUGUGUCCAUAUAUUUAUUUAAAACACUCCUCAACCUCUCCUGAAUCAUACAAAUGUCCAAAUGUAUUGUCAUUUCAAUGCCAGAACAGUAGGCUACUACAUGUUAAAUUGUCUUGUAAAACUGAAUGCUUUACUAUGAUGUAUGAUUGUUAGCUAGCUAUAAAUUUGAACUCUGGUUAAAAGUAUAUGAAAAUGGUUUAAACUGUGAAUAUUUAAACUGAAGAUAGUUUUUGUAAGGACUCUUUACUGGAACAAUAAAUAUUUUCAGUCUAUUUCUUACA